AUGCACGAAGCUUACGAAGUUACACAUUUACUGAAUGCAUCAGUGCAAAUAGAAACAAUAGCUGCUUAUGAUGGUAACCUGUUGCUGGGAACACGACAGGGACAUCUCUUAAUGUAUUCAUUAUUAAUGAACAAAGACACACAAAAGUAUGAAUUGAAAAUGAUUAGAUACUGUAAAAACUUUAGUAAGAAACCAAUACAACAGAUAGAAGUUAUUGCAGAGGAUAAAUUACUGUUAUGUCUCACGGAUAAUGUGCUUUCAUCUUAUGAUAUGAAUGGCCUUAACUUUCCCUUGGUGAAGACAUUUUCAGAUACCAAAGGUGCAUCUCUGUUUGCCCUAGACAAUAAGUCAGCUACAUCAAUGACUGGUGAAUCAAAUACAAUAGUACAUUUAUGUGUGGCUGUAAGAAGAAAAUUGCAACUAUAUUAUGGUAAAAAUGGAGAGUUCAAAAAACAUAUCUUUGACUUCACAAUACCUGAUGUACCAAAAGUGAUGGCUUUGGGUCAACAGUAUCUUUGUGUAGGGUUCAAAGGCGAAUAUACAUUUUUUGAUUUAUCAUCACAUAAUUCAACGGACUUAUUCCCUCCAAGUAGUUCAAAAUCCUUGGACCCAACAAUAGCUAAAUAUUCUGAAACAUCCUUUCUACUUGGCCGAGAUAACACCUCAGUUUUAGUGGAAGAAGCCAAAAAGAAGUCUUCUGAAAUUAAAAAGACAAUGAAAAGGAUUGACGACCCAACAAUCUCUAAAUAUUCAGAGUCAUCUUUCCUACUUGGACGUGAUAACACUUCAGGUGAAGUGGAAGACGCUAAACAAGAGACGGUUGAAAUUAAAAAGACAAUAAAAUGGACUGAUGCACCACUUGCAGUUGUUUGGGAUGAACCCUUCAUUCUGGGUUUGCUACAAGACACCGUUGUAGUGCAAACAGUUGAACCGCCUCUCUUCAUACAAACGUUUGUUGAAUUGAAUAAAGCAAGACUUAUGUACAGAUGUAAGCGUGGUCUGAUAUUUGUUUCAUCUGUGGGUCAAGUUUGGUGUCUAACUUCUGUAGAUAUCACAAAACAAAGGAAACAGUUGCUGAAAGACAAGCACUUUCAAAUUGCGAUAGAUUUAAUGAAACUAUCAGAUAGUUCGCCAGAAGAAAAGAAGCAAACCAUUGAUUCUAUACAAAUGCUGCACGCACUCGACCUAUUUGACAGCAAACAAUAUUCGCAAUCUAUGAAAGAAUUCAUCAAACUAAAAACAGACCCAGCUGAAGUCAUAAAACUAAUUCCAGAGUUAGACAAUAAAUUUGAGGGAAAAGAAAAUGUUUUGAAAGGGAAAGAUUUAGAGAACGCCUUAAACGCAUUGAUAGAGUAUUUGGUGGAACUAAGAUUUCAAAUUGGGACGAACACGGAAGGUUCCAGUAAGAGUGAAUCUAAUCAGCGGAAUGUGGCCCAACAGUUGGAGUUGAUCGAUACAACUCUGCUGAAAUGCUAUUUACAGACGAACGAUGCAUUCGUGGCCCCACUCCUCCGUCUAAACAACUGCAGAUUAGAGGAAGCCGAGAAGACGUUGCACCAACACGGAAAGCACAGUGAGCUGAUCAUCCUCUAUCAGACGAAGGGACAGCAUACAAAGGCUCUGCAGUUGUUGAGAGAGCAGGCAUCACAACCAGAUUCAAGUCUUAAGGGAUAUCAUAGGACCAAGAACUACUUACAACACUUAGGCGCGGAACACUUGAACCUUAUAUUCAAAUUCUCCGAUUGGAUAUUAAAAGAACAUCCCGAGGAAGGGUUAAAAAUAUUUACCGAAGACAUAGUAGAAGUAGAAAACCUACCUAGGCCAAAAGUCCUAGAUUUUCUACUACGAGAACACGAUACUUUGGUGAUACCCUAUCUGGAACACGUUAUACACACAUGGAAUGACACACACGAUCUGUUUCACGAUGCCCUCAUAAAUAUGUAUAGAGAAAAAAUCACUGAUAAAAAAGCGAAUUGUACUGAAGAGGAAUUGCAGCAUAUUAAAUCGAAAUUGGUGGCGUUUUUGGAGAAAUCGAGCCAUUAUACACCGGAAAGGGUGAUUUUACAUUUCCCAAAUGAUACGCUAUUCGAAGAGCGUGCGGUCAUUUUGGGCAAGUUGGGCAGGCAUGAGCAGGCCUUGGCUAUUUAUGUGCAGAUUCUUGGUGACGUAGAUAGGGCCAUACGUUACUGUGACAACGUAUGGACACGUAACGAUAAAACAGUAGACGUAUACGUAACACUGAUGCGUAUACUUGUGAACCCUGAACAGAACAAUUCAUUAACUGGACCCUUGGCCACUGUACCGAGACACCCAAAAGCUUCCACGCCCGAUCUUGAGACGGCUCUAAGUAUUUUGGAAAAGCACGCGGAUAAAAUAUCACCUAUUAAGGCGCUCUCAGUACUACCAGAUAGCGUCCCCUUGGCUCGUCUCAGUAGUUUCUUGGAGAGUGCACUUCAAACACAACUCACCAUGAAGCGACGAACACAAGUAUUAAAAGGAUUGUUGUAUGCAGAACACACACAGGUUCAAGAGAUGAAACAGUUCCAUGAAUCGAAAAGCAUAGUUAUAAACGACUAUAACGUGUGUCCCGUUUGCAAGAAACGAUUUGGGAACCAAAGCGCCUUCGUGCGGUACCCCUCGGGGGAUAUUGUCCACUAUUCAUGUAAAUUGGAUAAAUAA